CAAACAAAGUCAGAAACAUUUUAUCUCUUUGCUAUUUUAACUUGUAUCCUUAAAAUACGACGUAAAAGUCGUCUGGACAGCACGUUGGUUUCCACGAGCUAACAUUUAGUCCUAAUGUAACCCUUUCUUGUUUUUACGCCGCGGAAGUAGUUAGUUAAAGUAAUGGUUAAAAUCCCCAGCUGAGCUUCACUGCCAGCCCAGCUAUCUUGACGUUUACUAAAUUUAGCUUUGCUGUUUGUUUCAACUGCUGCAAUGGGUGGCUGCUCCGCUCCAAACUGCUCCAAUUCAACCAGCAUUGGUAAACAGCUGUUCAGAUUCCCCAAAGACCCUGUACGUAAGAAGAAAUGGGUGGUGAACUGUCGACGUGACUUUGAACCGACUCCUCACUCCAGACUCUGCCAGGACCAUUUUGAACAGAGCCAGUUUGAGGAGAUAGCCAGGUCUCCAGCCGGGGGAAAGAAGCUGAAGCCCAACGCCAUCCCCACUCUGUUCAGUAUUGGAGACCCUGCAUACCCUGCAGUCACUACGCCGUACAUCUUGCUGCCCAUGAAACCUGAACCAGUGGAAAAGGAGCUGAACUUCGGGGACCAUGGCUAUGCUAGACGCACCCCUCUGCCCGGCAUGGAGGAGGAGGACGCAGACGUGACUGCAGAGGACCAGCAGCCCUGCACACAGUGUCAACUCCUCAAGAAACAGCUGGAGCAGGAGAUGCAGCACACUGCGAGGCUACAGAAGGAGGCGGAGGAGAUGAAGAAGCGUCUGUAUCGGCUCGACCGGAUUGAGAAGGGUCUUCAGAACUUUCUGUUUGAGGACCAGAUUCGCGCCCUGUCCCUCACAAAACGCUCCCGCCGUGCCGUCUGGUCUCCAGAGACCAUCCUGAAGGCUCGAAAGAUCCGCUGUGCAGUCGGCACAAAAGGCUACGAGUACUUGAGAGAGCUGGGAUACCCUUUGCCCUCCUACAGGACUCUGUGUAACCGCCUGGAGACUAAGAUCAUGGUGACGACAGACAUGAGCUGUGAGGAGCUGGCAGAGCUGGGCCUGGGGCUCAUGACCACCUGUGACAGUCCCACAGAAGGCGUCGGGGACAAUGACGAGGAGGAACUGAUUGGUGUUUUGUCCUGAUUGUGGCAGUUUCCAUGACUGACUCUAACCAAGGGAAGAAGAUGGCCACACUUCUUAUCUCCUCUAUGAAAGACAGCAUCAGUAUAAAUGUAUGCAUCACUUGGACUGUCACCUGGCUGUGCUUGUGAUCUGCACCACUAAGACACGGCUUUACCCAACUGAUGUGAGAUGCUGGGGCUGGCAGUUAGUCUGGGUUUAUGCUUAUGGUGUUUGUUACCAUGACAAUGCUGAGCUACAGUAUGUGCUCUGUGUGUAGCCAUCAGAUGUGGGAUUGUGUGCUACGUGUAGACAUAAUUUGCACAAAGCCUGUUGAAAUUGCUGCUUGUGUUUACAGCUGAUGUAACGAGUGUUCCACUGGCAGUGUUUACAUGCACAAUAAAACCCUGAUACUAUUCAGGAUACUCAAAUAUACUGAGAGCAGAUAAGCUCAUAUACUGGGUUAGGUAGCUUCAGUAUUCUCAUAUAAUGAGGAAUACUGGGGCGUGUAAAUAUCUUACACUAUAAACUGUUUCCUGUACGUUAUGCAAGCUUAUAUUUUUUUUGUUAAAAUUCACCCAAAAUAUUUAUCAUUUGAUAGUGUGUGAGUGUAAAGCGUUAGGACACAACUGGUAAACGUCUCCCUAGACACUGAGUGUGAGUUUGCAUUUAAACGUAAUCAGCAGGGUUUCAGGUUGUGCUGUUUGAAUCCACCUAUUACAAAUCAUUCAAAUGCUGUCAAGACAAUCGGGGUUGAUAUGCUUAACGUCAUGUUGUCUAUUUUGAUCACAUUUGCAAAACUGAAAGCGUUGGUGUUUUUCCAGCAAGUUCCCAAAUCUACUAUCGAUAACAAAUUAGAGUCUGUUAGGGAGCUGUAUGUAGUCAACAAGGAAAUAAAAGUAACCCCUCCAUUGGUAAAUAACAACCUGUAGUGUAAUUGUACACUAGAUGGAUUGUAAAUUGUUUUGUUGGUUAUUGACUCUUUGCUCUGUCUUGACGUGUUUAAAUUUACCGCGCAGUUGUAGUUACCACAAAGGGUAUCAAACAAAGCUCAGGCUAGUCACAGUAAGUCACGUGACAUUCAAUAUCCAAAACACUGGCACUGUGAGAAAAUAAAGUGGUUGUUAAGAUUUA